AUGGCGGACAUUCAAGGCCCAUCCACGCCCCUCGGCGGCGGCCCACCCAGCCCGCUGCUCGACCCGUUGACUGCCCUGGGCCUGCUGCCGCCGCCCGGCUUCACCUCCGUCGCCAUCCCGCUGCCUCGCGGCUCGCUGUACCUGAGACCGCUCGACACCCCCCGGACAACGCCGUCGUCGUCGUCGUCGAGCCCCGCUGCCGCCGCCGCCUUCAUCACCGCCUCGCCCUCUUCCAUACGCCCUGCCGCCAGGGCCAGCCGCCGCCUCCCGGCGCCUUCGAAACCCGAACCGAACGGGGCCUACACGCUCCUGAUCGUGGAUGACAACCCGAUUCAGCGAAAGAUCGUAAGCAAGAUCUGCGAGCGAUGGGGCCAGCCGUACGAGCUGGCCGAGAACGGCCAGCAGGCCGUUGACAUGUACAAGCGGAACCCUGAGCGGUACCGAUGCAUCCUCAUGGACCUUGUCAUGCCCGUGCUGGACGGCUUCGAGGCCACGAAGCAGAUCCGGGCUUUUGAGGAGGAGUCGUGGAACGAGGCGACAUCGUCAUCAUCCUUCCUAUCGCCGUCGUCGUCAUCGUCCUCCUCUCUGUACUACACGCCCUCCUUCCUCGCCUCCACAAGGCGGACCGCCGCUACGGCACCCGAUGGCGCGCGGGCGCCGCCGCCCGAGCCGGUGCGGCGCGCCGUCAUCAUCGCGCUGGUGCCGGGCUACGCCAUCACGGGGCUGCGGCAGCGCAUCGCCGACACGGGGUUCGACCUGAGCCUCAGCCACCCGCUGCACCUGGGCACGCUGUCCAACAUGCUGUUCAGCGGGCCCGAGGCCAACGUCGUCAGCCUGUACGGCGGCGUCGACGCCCGCCGCCUGCGCGAGGCCGGCUACCCGCUGCAGCCCGGCCUGCGCAAGCCCAGCACCAUCGGCCAGCUCGAGGUCGGCGAGGUCCUGGGCAUGGCGGUCGUCUAG